CGCAUGAGCCUUGCUAUCGCGCUUCGACAUACUUCUCUUCGUGCUCUCAUACAGCGCACUUGCUCUGGUACAGGCCCUUGGCUUGACUCAUUCUCGACAUCAACUCUGCACUGAACGCCGUCGCUUCUCGCGCCUUCCCGUCCUCGACGAUCAUCUUCUUCAUUUCCCACUUAGAUAAACUUGCCGUAACUGGAGAAAGCAUGGAUCAACACACCAUAGCAAAUCCUAACGUCCAGAAGGAGGGGAUCGUCGCGGACGAUUGGCGCACGCAGCCGCCGUACGCACCUGCGGAGGGACAGAAGAUCGCGUACUAUACAGUCUCCUGUUACUGCUCGCGCGUCGAGUAUACCAUUUACGCUGAACGUCCGCUGGACAGCAAGUUCUGCCACUGUACCGAAUGUCAGCGAUUACACGGCGCGCCGAUGCAAUGGGCCGCCAUCUUCCACAAAACCUCCCUCCGCUUCACCCCCUCCUCCCUCCCCCACCUCGCCUUCUACCACGCGCCUACCGACACACAAGCCCACACCCUCCCCUGCAAGGUCGCCUGCGCACACUGCCGCGCGCCCCUCCUCGACGAAGGGCGCAAUAUGCUCAUGGUGUUUCCGUCGCUGAUAUACUUCCACGAUCCACCGAAGGACGGCUCGGUGGAUAUGCUGGCGAAGUCCGCAGCGGAAAAGAGAAAGUUGUUCCUGCCGAAGUGUCAUAUAUUCUAUGGGUCGAGGGUGGUGGAUAUAUUGGACGGGAAGCCCAAGUAUAGAGGGCAUCAGGGUGGGGAGAGGAUGCCGGAGAGCGAAUGAGGGGGGCUGUUGGCUCAAGGUGUAUUCAUUGUAUGUGUACGUGCAACCUAAUUAGAGCUGAACUUCCUCUGAUCCCUGUG